AUUCGUGUUCAGAUUCCUCGGUUUUUCAUCAAACACGGCGGUGGUCCUUGUGUAGGUGUUAGGUGUCGGUGUGCGAUAUUUUUUCGAGAACUUAUCAUGGAAAAUUGAAAGGGAUUCAUAUGAAGAAGAAUCGACGGUCCAGAGAGAAUUCUUCAGAAAACUUAUAAGAAUUGGAUGAAAUGGACUUUUUAGUAACGAAAGAUGACGACGCCAACUUCAUCAGGGACCACGAAAAACAAAAGAUUGAGAUAGAAGAGCGGCUUUUACAUAGCAAACAUGAAAUCGAGAAAGAAGAUACGGAGCCCGCAACAUUCGAAGAUGCAAUCAAAGCUACAGGGUUUGGAAAAUUCAACGUCAUUUUAACGCUAGCCAUGAUAUUUCCUUCGAUGGCAGAAAUAUUCGAAGUAGUAUCUCUAUCAUAUGUUUUACCAAUAGCACACUGUGAUCUUAACCUUACUCUCAAUGAUAAAGGCAUGUUGAAUGCCAUGUCUUUCGCAGGAAUGGUGACAAGUGCUCUAUUCUGGGGAAGAGUAUGUGAUACAUUGGGCAGAAAAAACGUAAUAGUAUAUGGUUACAUUUGUAACGGGUUUCUUGCUGUGAUAGUUUCACUCACCACGAACAUUACAGCACUAUCAAUAGCAAAAUUUUUAGGAGGACUAAUUAUUAAUGGACCCUAUUCUGCAUCUGUAUCUCAUCUGUCGGAGUUUCAUUCGUCGAAGUAUAGAGCCAGAGUUCAAAUAGUCAGAGGAAUAAUGCUCAGUUCAUCCAAUAUUAUUCUACCAUUGAUGGCGUGGGGAAUAUUGCCCAGAAAAAUCGAUUUUUCUCCAUUUGGAAUAAUUGAUUAUCACUCCUGGAAUAUUUAUUUGAUGAUAUGUGCACUGCCUCCUAUCAUUAGUGGAAUAAUCUACUUCUUCAUGCCAGAAAGUCCAAAAUUCUUGAUGACCAUAGGAAAAAACAAGCACGCUCUGGAAAUUUUCCGAAAGGUUUACAAAAUUAAUACAGGGAAACCAGAUCACACAUUCCCGAUCAAAAGAUUGGUUAGAGAAACAUACUGCGAUGAGGAAAAAAAUAUCGACAGAACUUCAGUAAAUGUGAUUCGAGAAGGACUAAACCAAAUGAAACCCUUCCUGAAUUCCCCCCACAUUUCCAGGAUUAUUAUCAUAUGUACAAAUGCAUUCCUUCUUACUAUGAGUAUGAAUCUGGUGAAAUUAUGGUUGCCUCAAAUAUUCCAAGCAAGCAGUGAUUACGAACUCAAUCACGGAAGUAAUGAAAGUUCCGAUGUUUGCUCAAUCCUCAGGGAGUUGAGAACGACUAAUGUUACUAAGGUUGAGGAUUGCAAAGUGAAUUUGGACAAUACAUCGGUAUAUGUAAAUUCUAUGAUCGUUGGCAUAGUACGGGUGGGAAUGUUCAGCUUGGCAGGAACAUUGGUCAAUCUAUUAGGGAAAAAAACGUUAACCCUUAUACUCUCUUUUGCUUCUGGAAGCUUCUGUUCAGCAGUAUAUUUCUCGCCAAAUCCGCUCGCAGUAUUGAUACUUUAUGCGUUACAUCUCUCUCUGGGUUGUGUUUCUGACAAUUUACUCACAACUACAACAUUGGAGUUGUUUCCAACAACAUUGAGAACAAGUGCUCUCUGUUUGCAUCUGAUGUUUGGGAGAAUAGGAACCGUAGUGGGAAACGUAAUUCUACCCCAGUUAUUACUUAUAGGUUGUGCACCACCUAUAUUCUUUUUAGGAUCAAUUGUAUUUGUGUCGGCCAUUUUGACAACUCUAUAUCCAAGUACGGAGAAUAAACCUUUAAUAUAGAAUUAAAUAUAAAAUAGAUAUCAAUUGUAAUAAACUUUUCUAAGUA